GUUUGCAAGAAAAGCAAUUAGUUUAUUUGAUUAAUUAUAAUGAGAUGUAAAUUAGUUUCCUUUCAUCUUAAUUGUUGUUUUCUGUUGUCAGUUGUUGUUGACUGAUUGAGGUGCAUGGUCAUCUAGUGGUCAAUAAUGUUCGUGAAUAAUGGUUACCUUGUUAAUAGAAGGAGGAAAUUUAAUUGUUUCAAGUGGAAAAGAGGUAAAUUGUGUUUGACAAUUACGUUUUUCCAAUUGAUUAUCAGUCUAUUGUUGACAUUGUUUGCUGUUUACGAGGAAACAGCUGAUCCAUCGGAAAGGCGCAAUUCCGUUUCCAAGGCUAUCGGCGGAUUUGACCCGAUGACCAAUCCAAUUGGAAAAUAUUUACCGCAUCUUCGUGAUCAUAUGAUGUUUUCAUUGCUUGGAUUGGGAUUAUCAUCGGCAAACUCAUCGGCGACAAUGUUGACAAGUUUAGGAUUCAAUCUGUUGACAUUUACCUUUGCCUCGUCGUGGGCGCUUUUAUGGCCUAAUUUGGUCACAUCGAUCCAUCGAAAACCUUUCCUCUCCUUUGGGAUCAAUUCAAUUGUCCGGUCAACUUAUUAUGGCCUCGGAGUGACUCUAUCGCUUGGAAGUCUUCAAGGUAAAUUAAGUCCAGUUCAGUGUAUAAUUUUAUCAGUGAUCGAGGUUCCAAUAAUAUCAUUGACCGAUUAUGUUUUAUCUGAAUUACAAGUUGCCGAUAAAUCAAAGGGAUUAACAGUUUUCACCUUCUCGGUUUACUUUGGACUAAGUGUCUCAGCGAUAAUCUGUCGUUAUACUCGAAUAAUUUGUCGAAAGGUACAAAAUCGUAAAUCGGACAGAGAGAUGAUUGUACUUUUAGGAACAAUUUUCACCUAUUUAGCCUCAACAAGUUCGAGCUCUUUAGGUGAUGAGAAAUAUUAUGUUGCCCUCAAUACUUUUAUCGCUGUAACGGCUUCGUGUUUAUCGGCAUUCGCAGUUUCCUCACUUUUAGAUUCACAAGAUCGUUUCUCAAUUCGACAUGUUCGCAUUGGAUCAGCUGCUGGAUUUGUCGCAAUGUCCAUUAUUGGUCAAUACAUUUUACAUGUUUACAUGGUUUUCGUCUGUGGGAUUAGCGUUGGCGCUUUAUCCAUAAUAAUGGAUACACAGGUUAAUCCCUUUCUCUUCAAUCGUCUACGUAUUCAUGAUACUCACUCAAUCCAUGCAGCUUAUGGUUUUCCCGCUCUAAUCUCAGGAUUAUCUUCAAGUAUCUUUGCUUACAUGGCUGAUUUAUCAUCAUAUGAUUGCAGUUUAUAUCAAAUAUUUCCUGCUCGAGCUCCAGCCAGCAAUUCAAGUACAAUGGAUCAUAAUUCUGAUAAGAUUCAAGUACUUGAUCAGAUCUAUUCCGGGAUUGGACGAUCAGCUGAUUCUCAAGCUUUGUAUCAGUUGUUUGGAUUAAUUUUCAUCUUGAUUAUCUCAAUAGUUACAGGAUUAAUAACAGGGAUGAUAUUAAUCCAGUCGAUCUUUGAUCCACCAAAGAAGAUUGAUCUCUUUCAGGAUGGACACUAUUGGGUAUUGUCCAGUGAAGGUGAAGAUACUUUUGCCACUGAAAGUCUUUACGAAAGUGAUCCAAGUCCAGAAGAAAUGACCAGUCGAAAUAUUAGAUUUUCUUAAUUUUCCUCAAUACAUAUGAUGAUGAUUAGGGAAUUAGAAUAUUAAUUGGAAUUAAUAUCGUUUUGUUACCAUUUGUUACUUGAUAAUUGUUACAUUAUCAUUAUGUAAAUGUCAUUGUACUUAAUUGUAAACAAGGAAGAUAGAGAUUUAAUUAUCUUCCCGUUUUGUAUUAUCUUAUUAUUCAAUUUCAUA